AUGGCAUCAACUAUUGCUACUAGUUCUAGUGAGGACUGUGAGUGCGCUAUAUGUAGCGAGACUUUGAAAAAGCCUAAGCUUCUGUCGUGUUCUCAUAAAUUCUGUGAGCUGUGUAUCAGUACUUGGAUUGCAAAAUCAAGAACAAGGUCAGGCGUUGAAUGCCCAUUAUGCCGAAAAAUUACAUCACCGCCGAAAACUGGUUCAGAACCAGCCUUUUGGGCAGGAAUGUUACCCGAUUUCAUAACUGAAACAGAAAAAGAAAUUAUUUUAUGUCAGCCUUGCAAGUCUACACAAGAAACAAAGGAGGCAAAGUUUUACUGUUUGGACUGCAAAGAGUACCUGUGUGUUUUCUGUCACGUAACACAUACAAAGUUGAAAGUAUCAAACUUGCACAAGACUGUCGCAGUUGAUGUCACUGAAGACGGAAAAAUGUCUACUUACCUAGAAUACAACAAGCUACUUAUGUGUGAAACGCACCCUGAUAAAGAAAUAGAAUUCUUUUGUGAAGAUGACGACGCCAUUUUCUGUCCAACUUGUGCAUUCCUGCACCACAGAUCUUGUGACAAUGUCCUUGAGAUAAAGAGCAAUUUUGCGGACAUCGAAAAUGUUAAACCUCUUCCUGCGUUGUCAAAGGACCUGCAAAAAUUGACCAUGCAUGUAAAAGAAGAUGUUGCGAUACUAAGACGGUACGAUAAAAAACUUGAAAAUGAUGAGCAAACACUGACUACCGUGUUAAAAGAAACAAAGAACAUUGUUCUAAAAGGCUUUGAGAAAGUUCAUGAGCAAAUCCGAAGGCAAAUGAAAGAAAAAAAUCGACAUAAUAAACUCGCUAAUGAUGAAAGAAUGAACGAAUGUGAAGAAAUAAUCGCGUACCUGGACAAAAGUGAUAAAACAACAAGGGAUACGAUGGGAAUGGCUAUAGAUAGACCGGAAUACGUAAUCAUAUCGAGACAGCUAGAAGAAAGGUACACUAAAAUUAAUGAUCAAAUCCAGGCUUUACUUUCACGUCAAAAAACGUUUAGCUGUUACAACUUUGAAUUCGAUCAGGAUUUUCUUAAGUCACUCAGUCAAAUCAAGACAUUUGGGACUUUUACGGAAGAAAAAUGUGAUUUUCUUUUACCAGGCAUGGAAAAAUCUAUACCACUCAAAGAUAGGCACUUUGAACUAGCCAAAGAAACUGUGGUAGGCAGACAAAAACCAUACUUUCCAUCUGCAUGCUACAUAGUUGAUGACAAGGACGACAGGAUUGUACUGGCUGAUCAAAACAACAAGCGUCUGGUCAUUUUUCUUCCAAGAAAUGGAAACGAGGACAAGAUAAAGUUAGGCUCGAAACCGUAUAUGGUUGUGAGUACACAGAAAAGCAUCUAUGUGUCUUUUCCACAUGAGAAGAAAAUACGAAAAUACGACACAAGGGCUGCAUUUAAACAGACUUCAGAAAUUCGUACAAAACAUCAGUGCUAUGCUAUAGACUGCCUUUCAAAAUGCGAUGAUGCAAAGAUUGUGGCAUCUUUGUAUGAUGGGGAAACCUGGAACCUAGUCACCUAUGGAAGCGGCGGGCACGAGUUAAGUUGUAUGACUGAAGACUGCAAAGGCGACGCAUUUAAAACAUUGUGGCAUUUCAAGGUUUUUCAAGGUAUUGUUUAUCAUUCGUGCCAAGAAGACAAUCAUGUGAUUGCUUUCGAACUUGCGACAGCAGAGCACAUAUUUACCUACACAAACCGAAAACUCAAGUGUCCUGGUGGUAUAGAUAUAGAUUUUGAAGAAAACGUAUACAUAUGUGGAAUUUCCUCUGCCAAUAUCCAUAUGAUCACACGUCAAGGACAGCAAAUAAGAAUUGUUGAACUGUCUGAAUUGAAGAUCAAAAUGGUUCCAACAACUAUUGCCUUAAGUGACAACAGUGAGGAUCUUGUUAUUCUUGGCAAUGCAAACAAUCCUGGACCAUUUUUAUACCAGCUGAAGUAAGUGGGUGUUUUUUUUUGUUACAGACAGCAGAAAAGCUGGUGAAUGUUUAGCAAUGUGAUUUCUGAAAGGACCCACCUCUGGUCAAAAUUUUUAGGUUUUGGAAUGCAACAGUCGUAUGGAAAUGCGUUUAUUAUAUUAUGGGUAUCUUUUCUAUCUAUUUGCCUUGGUCUUCUACUUUUGUAAUGGUACUUGUGUUGGUUGAUGUAUAUUAGGUGUUGAUAAAAAAUUUAGCAUUUUUUAUAUCUCUUGGAAUACCAAACCAAAAUAGGACUAUGCAUCCAGUCACAUAAAUAAAUUUUACAGUUCCAUAACACUGAAUCAUUAACAAGGCAGACAUGCCUUCAAUUUUAAAGGUUUUCUACGAAAUACAACUAAGUUUUUAAGUGAUAGGAAAUAAUAAACUUGACCACCUUAAACGUACCUAAAAAUAUCAAUGACAAUUUGUCUCUCUUCCUCUAUAUUUCAACAAAAUUCGCUUAAAACUAGAGUUGUCACAGGAGUGACGAAUUAUACCCCCACAAUAUGGCCUUGUCACAGAACUAAGCCAAUGUCAAAGUUGAACUUGCUUGACCUUUGACCUACUGACCUCAAAAUCAAUAGAGGGUCAUCUGCUGGUCAUGAUCAACCUCCCUAUAAAGUUUCAUGAUCCUCGCCCAAGCAUUCUCAAGUUAUUGUCCAGAAAAGGUUUAAAUGACCUUUAACCUUUGGAACCCAAAAUAAUUAUGGGUCAUCUGCUGGUCAUGACCCACCUCCCUAUUAAAUUUCGUGUGAAGCUGUUGUCCGAAAACCGUUUAAGUGUUCCAGGUCACUGUGACCUUGACCUGUGACCUGCAGACCUCAAAAUCAUUAGGGGUCAUCUGCUGGUCAUAACCAACCUCGCUAUCAAUUUUCAUGGGGGCCUCCGUGGCCGAGUGGUUAGAGUCGUUGACUUCAAACCAUUUGCCCCUCAU